AUGGAGGUGUUCGCACCUUCAAACUCUUCAACAGCAGCAGCUGUCACCUUCAUCACCUUUGUCCAGGACCUCAAGAAAAAGACGAAAGCAUGGGGUCCGAUGAUCGAGCUCUGUGCCAGCGGGGAGAAAACGUUGGAACGUUUUCGAUACCAGUUCCCUGAAGAUUGGCUUUACAGCGACCAACUACGUGGCGAAUGGAGUGCAUACAACGAGAUUUUGAAGAGGAAGAGUGAUUCGAUUCAGGAGCAGCUAUCUGGUCUGCAGUUGAAGAUCGUGGCAGAAGACAAGAUUGUUGAGAAUAAGAUCAGUGACAUUCUCACUGAAUGGGAGCAGACAAGACCGGUUCAGGGCAACAUGCGCGCCGACACAGCGAUGAACACAAUUAACGUGUUUGAAGCCAAACUCACUCGAGUGCAAGAAGAAUACGAUCUCGUCUGCCGUGCCAAGGAAGCUUUGGACCUCGAACUGACGCGGCACACGCGUCUGGAACCCGUCUUCGAAGAACUUCGAGAUCUCAAGGCGGUUUGGACAGCGCUCUCAGGCAUCUGGAACCAGAUUAACGAGCUGAGAGAGAUGUCGUGGGCUACUGUUCAGCCCAGGAAGCUCAGGCAGCACAUCGACGGGCUGCUUACCUCUACGAAGGACAUGCCAACACGAAUGCGACAGUACGCGGCGUUUGAAUACGUGCAGGACAUCCUCAAGGGACUCCUCAAAUCCAAUUCAUUGGUCUCGGAAUUGAAGUCAGAAGCCCUUAAGGAUCGCCACUGGAAACAGCUGUUCAAGGCGUUGCGAUUGUCUGCACAAGUCCAUCUCCCGCUGAUGACAUUGGGUCAUGUUUAUGAUAUGGAUUUGAAGAGGAAUGAGAGUCUGAUCAAGGAGGUGAUCAUCCAGGCUCAGGGAGAGAUGGCUCUCGAGGAGUACAUCAAGCAAGUGAAAGAGACAUGGACCAGCUAUACACUUGAAUUAGUCAACUAUCAGAAUAAGUGUCGUUUAAUUAGAGGAUGGGACGAUCUGUUCAACAAGUGCAGCGAAAACUUGAAUUCGUUGACAGCCAUGAAGCUUUCGCCCUACUACAAAGUUUUCGAGGAGGAGGCCAGUUCUUGGGAGGAGAGACUUAAUCGAAUUCACGUCCUUUUUGAUGUGUGGAUCGACGUCCAGAGGCAAUGGGUUUACCUCGAAGGAAUUUUCUCCGGAAGUGCGGAUAUCAAGCACCUGCUUCCCGUUGAAAGUGCUCGCUUUUCCAACAUCAACGCCGAAUUUUUGACGGUCAUGAAGAAAGUUUACAAGUCGCCCUUCGUUCUCGACGUGCUGAACAUUCAAGGAGUCCAGAAGAGCUUGGAGCGUCUGGCCGACCUGCUGAACAAGAUUCAGAAAGCUCUCGGAGAGUACCUCGAGCGAGAACGUUCUUCCUUCCCACGUUUCUACUUCGUUGGUGACGAGGACUUGCUCGAAAUCAUAGGCAACAGCAAAGACAUCCUCCGAAUCAUGAAACAUCUCAAGAAGAUGUUCGCGGGAAUUGCAACUAUCCAACUCGACGAUGACCUCACCCAAAUCCUUGGGAUGGCCUCUCGAGAAGGUGAAGAGAUUCGCUUCACGGAGCCCAUAUUGUUGAAGGACUAUCCGAAAAUCAAUGACUGGCUCGCGAGGCUGGAAGCCAUGAUGCGUCUUUCCUUGGCCACCCUUUUAUCAGAUGCAGUGACGGAGCUCCAGACGUUCUACGGCCCUGAACACCAGCUUGUGGCAGAACAACUGAUGGGAUGGAUGGAGAAAUAUCCCGCUCAACUGGUCACCCUCGCGAUUCAGGUUGCUUGGACAGCGUCUGUAGAGACUUGCCUCGAGAAAGGUGAACUCCCCGAAGCGCCGCUUGCUACUGUCCAUCAAGCACUGGACCUGCUUGCCGACAUUGUGUUGAAGGAGCUGAGCCCGGUCACCCGUCGGAAGUGCGAGCAUCUCAUCACCGACCUGGUCCACCAGCGAGACGUCAUUCGAUCCCUCAUUCAGCAAGGCGUCCAGGACCCCAAGGGCUUCCCCUGGCUCUAUCAAAUGCGAUUCUACCUCGACAAGUCUAUCGAGAACCCCCUGGAUAGAUUGGCAAUCAAGGCCGCCGAUGCCACCUUCCCAUAUGGUUGGGAGUACCUCGGUGUCCCUGAUCGACUUGUCCAGACUCCCCUUACCGAUCGUGUCUACCUUACUCUAACGCAAGCCUUGGACAAUCAACUUGGCGGUGCUCCAUUCGGUCCUGCUGGUACAGGAAAAACCGAAUCAGUCAAGGCGCUCGGUGUCCAAUUGGGUCGCUUUGUCCUCGUUUUCUGUUGCGACGAGACGUUCGAUUUCCAAGCCAUGGGUCGGAUCUUUGUCGGGCUUUGCCAGGUUGGCGCAUGGGGUUGCUUUGACGAGUUCAAUCGCUUGGAAGAGCGCAUUCUUAGUGCCGUUUCGCAACAAGUUCAGGCCAUCCAGCAGGGUUUGGCUGCCCUUGCAAAGAACCCUAACGUCGAGAUUGAGUUGGUAGGAAAGAACCUGAAGAUCAACAAGAACAUCGGUAUCUUCAUCACGACUAAUCCAAACUAUGCCGGUCGGUCGCAACUUCCGCCCAACUUGACCAAGCUCUUCAGACCUAUGGCCAUGACCCGCCCUGACCGAGAAUUGAUUGCCCAAGUCAUGCUUUUCUCACAAGGUUUCCGAACUGCCGAAUCUCUAGCCUCCAAGAUCGUACCGUUCUUCAAUCUCUGCGAUGAACAAUUGUCGCCCCAACCUCACUACGACUUCGGUUUGCGUGCAUUGAAGGCCGUCCUCGCCAGCGCCGGUAUCCUGAAACGGGAACGCCUUCUGAACACCAACUCUGAAACGGAUGAGAUGGCCCAACUCUCUGACAACAUAUCUGAGCAAAUCAUCCUUAUUCAGAGUGUCACCGAAACCAUCGUCCCCAAACUCGUUGCGGAUGAUGUUCCUCUCUUGACCAGUCUCCUUGCGGACGUAUUCCCUGGGGUCGAUUACUUCCCGGUUGACUUGCAAGCACUGAAGGAGAAGAUCAUGACAGUUUGCCAAGAGAAACGACUGGUCCCCGGAGAACGAUGGAUUGCCAAGAUCCUUCAGCUGUACCAGAUCCAGAAGAUUCAGCACGGUCUCAUGAUGGUCGGCCCUUCAGGUAGUGGAAAGACCAAUGCAUGGCAGGUGCUUCUGGCUGCUUUGGAAAGGCUCGACGGUGUGGAGGGCGUGUCCUAUGUCAUCGACCCUAAGGCAAUGCACAAAGACGCCCUUUACGGUACCCUGGACCCCACUACUCGAGAGUGGAAUGACGGUCUAUUCACCCAUAUCCUUCGUAAGAUCGUGGACGACGUGCGUGGCGAAAGUGGCAAGCGUCACUGGAUCAUUUUCGAUGGCGACGUUGACCCCGAAUGGGUCGAGAACUUGAACAGUGUCCUCGACGACAACAAAUUGUUGACCCUUCCUAAUGGAGAGCGGCUCAAUCUGCCGCCCAAUGUCAGGAUCAUGUUCGAGGUGGAGCAUCUGAAGUACGCGACGUUGGCCACCGUCAGUCGCUGCGGUAUGAUUUGGUUCAGUGAAGACGUUGUUGACCCAGCCAUGGUCUACCAACAUUACCUCACCACCCUUUCCAACGUGCCACUGGACGCAGACGAAGAAGACUCUGGGGACCUCGUUAACCGCCGUGGUGAUGCUCUGGGGGCUGACGCAGCAGAAGCGGCGCAUUUGCAGACGCAGAAGGAGAUUGCCGGAAUCCUCGAGAAAUAUUUCGCGGAAGGGGACUUAGUGGAUUCAGCCCUCGCCCACGCGGAGAAGAUCGAACACAUCAUGGACUUCACGACAACCCGUGCCCUCAACACGCUUUUCUCUCUACUCAACAAGACCGUUCGCAACGUCAUCGAGUACAACCUUCAACAUCCAGACUUCCCUCUCACUCCGGAAAAGGUCGAGCAAUAUGUAUCCAAGCGCCUAUUGGUCAGUCUCAUCUGGGCCUUCUCCGGGGAUGCCAAACUUGAUCUUCGAGCCGAACUUGGAGAAUAUCUUCGACAGCGAACUGGAAUUGACCUGCCCCCGCUUCUGCCCGGCAGCUCCCUCAUCGACUACGACGUGCAAGUGGGGACGGGAGAGUGGAUUGCUUGGCAGUCCAGGGUUCCUGACAUCGAAAUCGAGGCGCACGCCGUCACAGCCUCGGACGUGGUGGUGCCCACCAUGGAUACAAUCCGCCACGAGGAAGUUCUCUAUUCAUGGCUCUCCGAACACAAACCAUUGAUGCUUUGCGGUCCUCCUGGUUCUGGAAAGACUAUGACGCUUUUCAGUGCUUUGAGGAAGCUCCCGGAUAUGGAAGUUGUUGGCCUCAACUUCUCCAGCGCAACAACACCCGAGUUGAUUUUGAAGACAUUCGAACAAUACUGCGAGUUCCGAAAGACGCCCAAUGGCGUUGUGCUCGCGCCCAUUCAGAUAGGACGCUGGUUGGUUGUAUUCUGCGACGAAAUCAACCUUCCCGCCUCAGACAAGUAUGGAACACAACGGGUCAUCUCCUUCAUCCGACAGCUGGUUGAAUCGGGCGGAUUUUGGCGAACAUCAGACAUGGCAUGGGUUCGGUUGGAGCGAAUCCAAUUCGUCGGCGCGUGCAAUCCUCCAACCGAUCCCGGUCGUGUGCCUCUAAGCCACAGGUUCCUUCGACAUGCACCACUAGUCAUGGUGGACUAUCCAGGGGAGGUCUCGUUGAAGCAGAUUUACGGAACAUACAACCGUGCCUUGCUCAAAGUCGUUCCCAACCUUCGAACAUAUGCUGGACCCCUUACCGACGCCAUGGUGGCCUUCUACCUUGCAUCACAGAAGCGUUUCACGACUGACGCCCAAGCGCACUACGUCUACAGUCCUCGUGAACUCACACGAUGGAUCCGAGGUAUCUACGAAGCCAUCAAACCCCUCGAAAUCCUCUCUGUCGAAGGCUUGGUACGAGUUUGGGCCCACGAAGCUUUACGAUUGUUCCAGGACCGUCUGGUCACUGAGGAAGAACGCAACUGGACGGACGAACACAUUGACGGUGUCGCUAUGGAGCACUUCCCAACGAUCAAUCGCGAAGAAGCACUCGCGCGACCCAUCCUAUUCUCUAACUGGACUUCGAAGAAUUACAUCCCAGUGGACCGGGAGAUGCUUCGGGAGUAUACGAAGGCCCGCCUGCGGGUCUUCUACGAGGAAGAAUUGGACGUGCCCUUGGUUCUCUUCAACGACGUUUUGGACCAUGUCCUCAGGAUCGACCGGGUGUUCCGACAGGUCCAGGGCCAUUUGCUGCUGAUUGGUGUCAGUGGAUCGGGAAAGACUACCCUUUCUCGCUUCGUCGCCUGGAUCAAUGGUUUGAGCAUCUUCCAAAUCAAGGUUUCCAACAAGUAUACUGGAGACGACUUCGACGAGGAUUUGAGAACGGUGCUACGUCGAGCAGGGUGCAAAGGAGAGAAAAUUUGUUUCAUCAUGGACGAAUCGAAUGUCCUCGACUCCGGUUUCUUGGAGCGCAUGAACACACUCCUUGCAAACGCGGAGGUACCCGGUCUCUUCGAGGGUGACGAGCAUGCUGCCUUGAUGACAGCCUGCAAAGAGGGUUCACAGCGUGACGGAUUGAUGCUGGAUUCCCCAGAAGAACUGUACAAGUGGUUCACCCAGCAGGUUGCCAAGAAUCUCCACGUCGUAUUUACGAUGAAUCCCCCUGAGAAUGGUCUCGCGUCACGGGCAGCAACAUCGCCCGCCUUGUUCAAUCGUUGCGUAUUGGAUUGGUUCGGUGACUGGUCAGACCAGGCUUUCUUCCAAGUCGGAAUGGAAUUCACGCAAACCUUGGACCUUGAUCUUCCCUCCUACAACCCUCCAGCCAACUUCCCGAUUGCCUAUCGUGGCAUUUCCCUCCCUCCCACUCACCGCACCGCUGUCGUCAACGCCUUGGUCUACGUUCACAGCUCACUACAUCAAAUCAACCAAAGACUCAGUCGGCGCCAGGGACGAUACAAUUACGUCACCCCUCGACACUACCUCGACUUCAUUAACCAUUACGUCCGUCUCUACACGGAGAAACGCGAUGAGCUCGAAGAGCAGCAACGCCAUUUGCACGUCGGUCUCGACAAACUCAAGGACACAGUCAUCCAGGUUGAGGAGUUGCGGAAGAGUCUGGCGGUCAAGCGUACGCAACUCGAGGCGAAGUCUGCAGAAGCAAACGAGAAGUUGAAGCGGAUGGUAUCCGAUCAGCAAGAAGCUGAACAGAAGAAAGCGGCGUCCAUUGAAAUCCAGGCUGCCCUCGUCGAACAAGACCGUCACAUUGAACAGCGUCGCGCCGUCGUCAUGGCCGACCUAGCGGAUGCCGAACCAGCCGUCCUAGAAGCUCAGUCCGCUGUCAGCAACAUUAAACGCCAGCAUCUCCAGGAAGUCCGGGCAAUGGCUAACCCUCCCGAGGCGGUGAAAUUAGCAAUGGAGUCCGUCUGUACGUUGCUCGGCCACAAGGUUGACAGUUGGCGCACGGUCCAAGGCAUCAUUCGACGUGACGAUUUCAUUCAACGUAUCGUCAACUUCGACACUCAGACGCAGAUGACGAAACAGCUCCGAGAGCUCAUGAAGAAGGACUUCCUCAGCCGACCUUCGUACAACUUCGAGACGGUGAACAGGGCCAGUAAAGCUUGCGGUCCCCUUGCUAAGUGGGUCCUGGCACAAGUCCACUUCUCCGAAAUCCUUGACAAAGUUGAACCGCUGCGGAACGAGGUUCAGUCGCUGGAAAACCAGGCGGAGACCACCAAGAAGCAAGCCGCAGCAAUAAUCGAAAUGAUUGCGGAAUUGGAGUCCAAGAUCGCUCAGUACAAAGACGAAUACGCUCUUCUCAUUAGCGAGACCCAGGCCAUCAAGUCAGAGAUGGAACGCGUCCAGAGCAAGGUCGAUCGUAGUAUGAAGUUGCUGGAGAGUUUGUCCUCAGAAAGAAGCCGUUGGGAAUCGGGCAGUCGCACAUUUGACGCUGAGAUGAGCACAAUCGUCGGUGAUGUCCUGCUUUCGGCCGCGUUUUUGGCAUACGGCGGAUUCUUCGACCAACGCUAUCGAGAAGUGAUGUGGCAAGAAUGGUCGAAUCACCUGACCGAAGCCAAUAUCAAGUUCAAACCAGAGCUUUCGUUCACCGAAUACCUGUCGACAGCCGAUGACCGGCUCAGUUGGCAAUCCAAGUCGCUACCGUCGGACAACCUGACCACCGAGAACGCCAUCAUGUUGAAACGCUUCAACCGCUAUCCCCUCAUCAUCGAUCCCACUGGACAGGCCACCACUUUCCUCCUCAACGAAUACAAGGAACGCAAGAUCACGGUGACAAGCUUCUUGGACGAGGCAUUCCUCAAGGUGCUAGAAAGUGCACUCCGUUUCGGCAAUCCCCUUUUGAUUCAAGACGUGGAACAUCUCGAUCCCAUUCUUAACGCUGUCCUCAAUAAAGAAAUCCGAAGAACUGGUGGACGUGUCCUCAUUCGCCUCGGUAGUCAAGACAUCGAUUUCUCCCCCUCAUUCACGAUGUUCUUGUCAACCCGCGAUCCUUCGGUCGAAUUCUCCCCCGACAUCUGCAGUCGCGUGACGUUUGUAAAUUUCACCAUGACCAGGAGUAGUCUCCAAAGCCAGUCCUUGGAUCAAGUCCUCAAGGUUGAGAGGCCCGAUACCGAAAAGAAGAGGACCGACCUCAUGAAGGUUCAGGGCGAAUUCCGACUUCGCUUGCGAACUUUGGAGAAACUUUUGCUACAGGCCCUGAACGAAUCAACAGGCAAUAUCCUGGACGAUGACAAGGUCAUCGACACCCUCGAAACGCUCAAACGAGAGGCGGCAGAGAUUACUCGAAAAGUGGAAGAAACAGAUCUUAUCAUGAAGGAGGUCGAGCAAGUGACUGCCGAAUAUCUUCCUCUCGCGCAGGCCUGCAGUUCCGUCUUCUUCGUCCUCGAGCAGCUUAACAUCAUAAACCACUUCUAUCAAUUCUCUCUUCGCUUCUUCCUGGAUAUCUUCGACUAUGUUCUUCUUCACAACCCUCACCUGAAGAGCAUCACGGACUACGGUCAACGCAGGGAUAUCCUGCUCAACGACCUUUUCCUGGUGGUCUACAAGAGAACAUCAAGGGCUCUCCUCUAUCGCGAUCAUCUGAUGUUAGCCGUCCUCCUGGCACAAAUCAAGCUCCGGGGAGUCGAAGACAUUACCGACGAAUUAGAGUUUUUGUUGGAGAGCGGCGAGGGUGUCACAGCAUCAUCCACCCCGGCACACAAUCUUGGUUUCUUGACGGCUGAACAGUCCACUCGUCUGGAGUUAUUCUCGAAGCAUUCGAUCUUCAAACCAGUCCAAAACCAUGUCCUCAACAAUGAAGACACUUGGAUCAACUUUUUGGCCGCCACAAGCCCAGAAGACGAUGUUCCCAUGGCUUGGGAACCGGCUACCCCUGCAUUGGAAGCGCUCCGCGCCACUAUUGUCAUGAAGUGUUUCCGUCCGGAUCGACUCCUUCAGUCGACAACCCUGUUUACAAGGGCUGUAUUCAACGUGGACCUCUCUGCCGAAGCUACAUACGACCUCGGGGCUAUCGUCGCGGACGAAACACCAGCCAGCACUCCAAUUGCCUUGGUCUCGGUACCAGGCUACGACGCCAGUUACCGCGUCGAAAAUUUGGUCAAAAACACUGGUGCUCGGUUCUCCUCUGUAGCCAUGGGUUCGCAAGAAGGCUUUACGUUGGCAGAUCAAGCUAUUGCAGCUGCUUCCCGUCAGGGUACUUGGGUUCUGUUGAAGAACGUUCAUCUUGCCCCAUCCUGGCUUGGUCAGCUUGAGAAGAAGCUCCAGACCCUCAAUCCUCAUCGCAGUUUCCGACUUUUCUUGACGAUGGAAAUGAAUCCAUCCAUUCCCGUCAAUAUCCUCCGCCAAUCACGUUUGAUCAUGAACGAGCCGCCACCAGGCAUCAAGGCCAAUUUGCAAGACUCACUUCGAAGCAUUUCCCCAGGACGCCUGUCACAGGGACCUGCAGAGAAGGUGCGACUGUACUUCUUGCUUGCCUGGUUCCACGCCAUCGUACAAGAACGACUCCGAUAUGCUCCUCUUGGCUGGAGUAAGGUCUACGACUUCAAUGACUCCGACAUGGCCUCGGCUUCUCGCACCAUCGAUGCAUGGCUGGACGCUGCUUCAAGAGGGAAGGCAAAUAUCGACCCUGCCGCCAUCCCUUGGGAAGCUCUUCGCACCUUGAUCAAAGAGUCCGUAUAUGGAGGAAGAGUCGACAGUGACUUCGAUCAAAGGAUUUUGGAUUCAUUCGUCAAUUCGCUGUUCACCCCGGCGGCGUACAAUGUCGAUUUCCAACUUGUUCCUUCCGUCAACGGCGAGCAACUACUCCACUCUCCCGACGGAACGAAGCUCGAGCAUUUCCUUUCGUGGGUCCAGGGCCUUCCUGACCGUGAACCACCAUCUUGGCUCAGCCUUCCACCGACCGCCGAGCGUGUCAUUGCAGUCGCACAGGGUAAUGAACUCCUCAGCAAGAUUAGGAAGAUGAGGAUGUUAGCAGACGACGACGACGAAGUUGCCACUAGCUCGACUAGCACCGGUACCAAGACUCAGACCUCUCAACAACCUGCUUGGAUGAGGACCCUACUCGAGCGUUGCCGUGAAUGGCUCGCACUUCUUCCAUCCAAGUUCAAUGUGCUACCGCCGCAAUCAGCAGAUAGUCAAGAUCCUCUCUAUCGUCUGUUCGCACGCGAAGGAUCCAUCGGCCGUCGUCUCCUUGAUCAAGUGUCUCGGGACCUUGCGGAUGUUGUCAAGGUCUGCCAGGGUGAACUCAAGCAGACGAAUCAUCUUCGUACCUUAAUUAGCGCUCUGACAAAGGGUACAAUUCCGGAACACUGGAAGCGAUACAAAGUCCCGAAGAACAUGCCAGUCUCUAGUUGGAUCGCCAACUUUGCUCGACGGUUGCAACAACUGGACACGGUCGCUGGCCUCGACAACUUGGCCAAUGUUGAAGUUUGGCUCGGCGGAUUGUUCUUCCCCGAGGCCUUCAUUACUGCGACUCGACAGGCAGUGGCCCAUAGGAAGAAGUGGAGUCUUGAAACUCUUAGCCUCUGCCUCGACAUUGAGCGGGUAAACGAUCCUUCUGCCUUUGUCGUCGAUGGUCUUGCAUUGGAGGGAGCCGCAUGGGCGAGCGACCAGUUGGUAUUGAAUGACGGAGAAACCAUUAAACUGAACCCGUCUCAAAUCCGCUGGGUACAGAACGAGGAAGCCAACGGCAACAAGGUCAACCUGCCUGUUUACCUCAACUCCGAUCGCAGUGACGUUCUCUUCACGGUGGAUCUGCCAUUCGACCCCAAGGCCGGAUCCCUCGCUGCUAUGAGGGCAGUUUGCUUGACUGCAGGCGGUUAA